AUGGUAAAAUCGUAUCAACGUUUUGAACAGGACUCUGUGUUUGGUGUUAUUACUACGAAUGCAAAUUGUGUAUGGCUUCCAUCUAGUGACAGUAGAAAGUCAAAUGUGGGUCAGGUUUUAACUGGUGCUUUGGAGAAUAUAAAUUUAUGGGACAUUAAGACCGGUGAAUUGUUAUCGGUCCUAUCCGACGGUCUACCACCUGGUUCAAUUGAUGUCAAAUCCAGCAAACCCGCUGAAGUUACAUAUUUAGAAUACCAUGAUGAGACAAAUUUGUUGGCGGCAGGGUAUGCUGAUGGUGUCAUUAAAAUUUGGGAUCUAAUGUCCAAGACGGUUCUUUUGAGUUUCAGUGGCCAUAAAUCUGGUGUCACAAUUCUGAAAUUCGAUUCAACUGGUACAAGAUUGAUGUCUGGUUCUAGAGAUUCCGAUAUCAUUAUCUGGGAUUUGGUGAGUGAAGUAGGUGUAUUCAAACUACGUUCACAUAAGGAUGCCAUUACAGGAAUAUGGUGUGAAGGAGAGGAUUGGUUAGUCAGUACCGCUAAGGAUGGUUUGAUUAAACUCUGGGAUUUAAAGACCCAACAAUGUGUAGAGACCCACAUAGCCCAAACAGGCGAAUGUUGGGCUUUGGGCGUACAUGGUGAUUUGGUUGUCACCACAGGUACUGAUUCACAAAUUAAAAUUUGGAAUUUAGAUACCUCAAAAGAAAAUGGUUCCAAGAUAGUCGAAAAAGGUACAUAUGAGAAGCAGAGUAAGCAAAGAGGUUUAUCUGUGAAUUUUAAAACUACCGCUGAUGAGACAACAUUUUUAUACAUUCAAAACUCUGAUAAAACUGUAGAGAUAUUUAGAAUUAGAAAACAAGAUGAAAUAUCAAGGGCUCUGAAAAAGAGAGAAAAAAGAAUGAAAGAAAAAGGUAGCACAGAUGAACAAAUUCAACAAUAUUUUAUUGAUACAUACGUUUCUUUGAUGUUACAACCUUUUCAAAUUAUUAAAUCAACAUAUAAAAUCAAAGCUGUUUCAUGGACAGUGGCAGCUAACUCAAAAAUAGAACUCGUAGUGACUACUUCGAGUAAUACUAUCGAAUAUUAUUCAAUUCCAUAUGAAAAGAGAUUACCUAAGAAUCCAUCACCUUCAAAACUCUACACCAUUGAACAAAAAGGACAUAGAACAGAUAUUCGUUCCAUAGAUAUUAGUGACGACAAUAAACUAUUAGCAUCAGCUUCGAAUGGCUUGCUAAAAAUUUGGAAUCUAAAGACUAAAUCUUGUAUAAGAACUUUUGACUGUGGUUAUGCUUUAACUUGUAAAUUUUUGCCAAGUGGCACUUUAUGUGUGAUCGGAACAAGAGAAGGACAAAUCCAGUUGUUUGAUUUGGUCACAUCAACUUUAAUAGAGUCGAUAGAUGUCGCUCACAACGCAGCUAUUUGGUCUCUAGAUAUUACUCAAGAUGGUAAACGAUUAGUCACAGGUUCUGCUGAUAAAAGUAUUAAGUUUUGGAAUUUUUCGAUCGAACAAGAUCUAGUACCAGGAACCACCGAUAAAUUCGUCCCAGUAAUGAAAUUAAUUCACGAUACAACUUUAGAGUUGAAUGAUGACAUUUUAAGUGUUAAAAUUUCUCCUGAAGAUAAAUAUUUAGCAGUAUCAUUAUUAGAUAAUACUGUUAAGGUUUUUUUCUUAGACUCAAUGAAAUUCUUCUUAAGUUUAUAUGGUCACAAAUUACCAGUACUUUCAAUUGACAUAUCAUUUGAUUCUAAACUAAUUAUCACAUCAUCUGCUGAUAAAAACAUCAAAAUUUGGGGCUUGGAUUUUGGUGACUGUCAUAAAUCUUUAUUUGCUCAUCAAGAUUCUAUUAUGAAUGUUUGCUUUUUACCAGAAUCUCAUAAUUUUUUCAGUUCCUCUAAAGAUGGGUUAGUGAAAUAUUGGGAUGGUGAUAAAUUUGAAUGUGUUCAAAAGCUAGCUGCUCAUCAGAGUGAAGUUUGGGCCUUAGCAAUUACAUCUGAUGGUUCUACAGUAGUUUCUUCGUCUCACGAUCACUCUAUGAGAGUUUGGAAAGAAACUGAUGAUCAGGUAUUUUUAGAAGAAGAAAGGGAAAAAGAAUUGGAAGAACAAUACGAAGAUACACUAUUGACUUCAUUGGAAGAAGGCUCUGGUGACUCAGCUUUUAAAGCAGACAUUGAAGACGGAAUGGAUGAAUCUACUAGUGUUCGUAAUCAAACCAUGGAAUCUUUAAAAUCUGGUGAAAGAUUAAUGGAAGCUUUAGAAUUAGGUUUUUCAGAAAUUGAGGCCUUAGAAAAAUAUAAUAAAGACUACAAGCAAUGGGAGAAAAAGAAAGCUGGUGAACCUCCUGUAAAACCUCAAGGAAAUGCUAUUUUACUUGCUAUCAAUAGAAGACCAGAUCAGUACAUUAUGGAUACCUUAAUUAAAAUAAAACCUUCCCAAUUAGAAGAUGCCUUAUUAGUGUUACCAUUUUCUUAUGUCUUACAAUUUUUGAAAUUCAUUGAUAUAGUUAUGGAUGAUCCAGAGAUAUUGAAAAAUCGUCUAGCUCUAAUAUGUAAAAACUUAUUCAUUAUUGUAAAGGCAAACCAUAAAGAAUUAAUAUCACAGAGAAACGAUGUCCUAAAAAAGCAAAUUACCAGUGUGAAAAAUAAAUUAAGAACUUCUUUACAAGCUAAUGUAGAUGAUUUAGGUUUCAAUAUUCAAGGUUUGAAAUUCAUCAAACAGCAAUGGAAUUUGAAGCACAAUUAUGAAUUCAUAGAUGAAGAAGAUCAAAAGAAACAGGAAGAAAAAAAUUCCAAGAAGAGGAUUUUUGGAACACUAGCAUAA